CGAAAUUUCCCUCGUCGCCUGUCGCUCUUCUUUGCGUCUGCAAUUUCGUUCUAGUUUUCCGAUCGUAGCGAGAAAUGGCGCCUAAGGCCGACAAGAAGCCAGCGGAGAAGAAGCCGGCGUCCGACAAGCCGGCGGAGGAGAAGAAGGCGGUGGCGGAGAAGGCUCCCGCCGAGAAGAAGCCGAAGGCGGAGAAGCGGUUGCCGAAAGAGGGCGACAAGAAGAAAAAGAAGAUGAAGAAGAGCAGCGAGACCUACAAGAUCUACAUAUUCAAGGUGCUGAAGCAGGUGCACCCUGACAUUGGCAUUUCCAGCAAGGCCAUGGGGAUCAUGAAUUCUUUCAUCAACGACAUAUUCGAGAAGCUCGCCCAGGAGGCCUCCCGGCUCGCCCGUUACAACAAGAAGCCGACGAUCACAUCCAGGGAGAUUCAGACCUCCGUCCGUCUCGUCCUUCCCGGGGAACUUGCCAAGCACGCUGUCUCUGAAGGGACCAAAGCCGUCACCAAGUUCACGAGCUCGUGAAGGAAUAGAUUUCUUCGUUUUUUUUCCUUUUUAAAUAAUUUCUGUCGUUACUUUUGGGGCUUUUGGAAUAUGGAAUUGACUCUUUUGAUGUAAAUUUCUACACCUCCUAAUUUGUUCUAAUAGAGAAAAGGGUUGCAAAGACA